CGUCUCCUGCAAACACAGAUAUAAAAGAGAGGAGAGAAAAAAAACAGGGGUUAUUUUUCUGCUCAGUACUCAGUACGACUGUCUCACAUCUGGAGUUGUGACUCACCAUGGGCACCGUACUGUCUCUGUCACCUGACUCUCGCAAAUCAGGCUACUAUGACAACCGUCCUGGCUCGCUCAGCCACUACCCGAGCAUCAGCAGCCGCUCUCUCAACAGCCAGAAAGACCGCGGGCUAAAGAGGGGCCAGUCCAUCUUCCUCCCGGCGCUGACAUGGAAGCGACUGGUGGCCUCGACGAAGAAGAAAGGCAACACCAAGAAAGGCUGCGGCGUUCCGACGGGCCUCGGGGAGCCGCUCAACAACAACAACAACAUCAACAUCUACCAGAAGGACUCUGUGCUGCACCUCAACCGUGAGAAUGUGAAGAAGUCGCUGUCGUGUGCCAACCUCUCCAGCUACGAGGGCCCAGCAGGACUGGGUCUGGGGCUUGGGUAUGGGCUGGGGAUGGGUCAGGGGCACGGAUACGCCUACAGCAAACCCCAGCAGCUCUCGUCUGUGAAAAAAGCUCCUCAGAACGUGUUGACGUCGUCUCCGAAGCGCGUCAUCGUCCAGGCUUCCACCAGCGAGCUCCUGCGCUGCCUGGGAGAGUUCCUGUGCUGUCGCUGCUACCGCCUGAAACAUCUGUCCCCGGCCGACCCGGUGCUGUGGCUGCGGGCCGUGGACCGCUCGCUGCUGCUGCAGGGCUGGCAGGACCAGGCCUUCGUCACGCCUGCCAAUGUGGUCUUCGUCUACAUGCUGUGUCGGGACGUCGUGGACGGCGACCUGGUGGCUUCGGAGCACGAGCUGCAGGCCAUCUUGCUCACCUGCCUCUACCUGUCCUACUCCUACAUGGGCAACGAGAUCUCGUACCCACUCAAGCCCUUCCUGGUGGAGGCGGGUAAGGAGGCCUUCUGGGACCGAUGCCUCGCCAUCAUCGACGCCACCAGCGCGAAGAUGCUGCGAAUCAACGCCGACCCGCACUUUUUCACGCAAGUAUUUGCCGAACUGAAGAGUGAAGGCGGCUGUGGCCCUCAGGAUUAUAGUCGGGUUCUGGAUCGGUGAGACGAGCCAUCUCCGCUGACCUCAUGCCUUUUUGUGUCUCACACACAGAAAUACUUGCACACACUUUUGUCCAAGUACACAUCUCCGUUCCUUUUCUCUGCUGAUGCAGAAGCAAAGGAAUCUUGACAGCAGACGUUAUUUAUUCAUUCCAUCCCCAGAUAAAAACUUUCCCACUGAAGAUUAUUUGAUUACCAUCUCAUAAACACAAGCUUUACUCCUGGAAUAUCCACUUGCGUUUGCACAACACGAGGAGCCAUUUGGUCCACCUGUCCCACCAUCUGACCCCAUGUGGCUGCUCCCAGUGAUCCCAGCUGCCUCUGUGAAUCCACACUCCCAGAACCUGAAUCUUCUCCGUCAUCACCACCAUUAAGGAUCUUUCUCUAAAACAUCCACGUGGAUUCAGACUGGUCCUCACAGGCCGCAGUUAUUUUCCUGGACGAUACAUGGACACACGUUGGCAUCCACUGCGAGUUUCGUCCCUGCGGUGAAGAGUGACUCAGACUGACGGGAACAGCUGAGAAGUCCACACUUGGUCCCACUGGUCCUGCUGUGCAAUGUGUAAUCAGCAAUGCAAAGAGAACAGGGUUUUUUGUUUUGUGGAGCCUUUUGGGGGUCAAGGGGACAGUUGCUGGUUUUUAUCUUUACUCAUUCAAACCUGCCACCAAACCUUUCUGUGUUUACGUCGUAUCUAAUCUGAGGAGAGUUUCUUGGGGGAUACAGAAUUACAGAAUUCUUGACGAGUUUGUGUGUAGUGUGGUGGACGGCAGCCGGGGUCAUCAGCUGUUUACCCCGUCCUUUGUAUCCCUGCGUUUUGUUGACAGAGCGCCCACAUCCGUGGUAUUAAUGAGAUUAACAGAUUACCCUCCCCUCUCCGCCCCCGCUCUCACCCUCUGCCCCCCUCCUCUCGUCCACUCAGCAGCUUCACCGCACUCUUAUCCAGAGACACAAACACACGUGUGCACUUGAAACACAUUUAUAUACACAGUAUGUAAUUUUUGCCUCAAGGGGUCUCACUCACAAUCAAAAAAAGACCUAGUUUGAUGAUGUUGGGAAGCAGAGUGGGAUCAUGGGAAGUGUUUGUGCUUUAAGGGGAAAGAUUUGGUGAUUGAUCGCAAUGAGUAGUCGUGAUCCAUUAUUGGCUAGCUAGUACUGUUUGAUGUUUGUCCGAGAAGUUGUAGCAGAGACACUAAUAUUUUCAUUAAAUACGUAUUUCUAUGGAUUAAACAAGUGAUGGCAACCAUUUGUCUUGAACAUCAAGACACUUACAGGGACAGGAAGUUGUUUUCCCAUUUGCCCCUCCCUCAAAUCUUCAUAUUUUGCUUAAUUAGUCCCUGCUUCUGUAGAUUUAAUCACCAUUUCCUAUGUUUUUUUUAUUCAUGUCAGAGGUCGAACCCAAUAUUACAUUGAAAAAGGCAAAGUGUACUUUUAAAAGCAGGUCAUAUUAGAUUUGUUUUCAUAGCUUUCUGCUCUGGAAGUACAUCCAGUUGCAGAACGUAGAUAAAAAUAGCAGAAGAAAACAAAUCAGCUGCAUCAUAGAGGCUCUUGGUGCAUAAAAGGAUGAAUAAACAAAGCAAGUACAUAUUUAUUGCUGCAGAUUACAUGGCUGAGUUGAGAUUUUUAGUGGAUUUUUGCAUUUUCUUCCUAUUUUUGAAACAGUCCCAGAACCUUUGUUACUUCAGAUUUAACCACACAUUUCAAACAAGUAGCACAUUCCUUUGGGAAUUUGACAAAAAAUUCCUUGCAACUUAAUCUAGGACACUAACACCCAUGAUGGGAACCACAGAUUAUGAAUGCAGUGGCCGACUUCCACCACCAUGUGAUGAUGCCCACACCAGCAUGUGGCAAAGCUUUAAUCUCAUUGUCUUUUGGCAUCUGGAGGUUUUUUUUCCCCUCCUUCACGUGGCAGGCGCUCGGCUCUGUGUCACAACAGUGUUCAGUAUAUUUACCCACAAGGUCGUAGCUUAUAUUAAACAAAAAUCCUAUAAGAAGUGACAUUUACGCACACAUGCAUACAAAUACUUUCUGCUUGGGGAAAUCUAGUCCUAAUCCCACCACCCAAUCAAACAGAAAGAGGGAGCGGAGAAUGGGAAUAAGGUUCAAAAGCUGAGGAGAUUCAAUGGUGUCGCACUUCUUGUUACAGUUGUGGCUCAGCUCUGACAAAGCAGAGGCCUGUUAGAGCUGAUCCAGGCCUGUUAGAGUCAAACCUGCCUUUGUGCUCACUCAGAGAAUCUCCACCAGUCGACGAGCGAAAAGCAGAGGCAGUGAUUCAGGCUCAGAAUGAAGUGAAACAUUGCUGCUGUCUCUGUGUCUUGAGUUUCAACUGGCAGCCAUUUUGUGCUUCUUCUUCUUCUUGUGGCUUAUAUGUUAAACAGUUCAAGCUCCAGCUCUCUUUACUUAAUAGUACCUCCUCAAUGUGUAGAGCCGAGUCAAGUCGUGCUAGAACUGUAUAAGGGAAAGCACUAUAUCAGGCUCAGUUCUAUUCCAGCCCUUGCUGCUACCACUUAGCCCGACUCCUCAAUCUUUGUGUGUUAACAUGUCAAAGUAAAAUGUCCCACUUCUUGUUGAAAUGGUGCUAAUUAGUAUUCUAAACUAGAGAGGGCAAUGCGAUAGAUCCCAGAUUAACCAAAUCCAAGGAAGCUAAUGUUACUGCCGUGAAGCCGGUUAGCUAAUAUUGAUUAGCUAGCAUCAUGAGGCUGACAUUGUUUAGCAUGUUUUAUAGCUAAGCUAAUGUUACCGUCAUAAUUAAAGCUAACACUGAUUAGCUAAUGUAAUUAAGCUGACACUGGUUAGUUGUGGUCAGUCAGUUUUCCCAGGCUUGGAGGACAUUUUCGGACAUCUUUGCAAACCAACUCAUUUUCUUGGGGUAAAAAUCAGAAAUGGGACUGGACCUCUCUCUCUCUUUUUCGCUGUCUCUCCUGACUCUGGCUUUAAAAAGGACACUUGUCUCUUGACUCAACUCCAACUCUUCCCUCCCUCUCUCUCUUACACACACACACACACACUCAGCUGUUGUUCCCUGACUAUUUGAUUUGACGCCCCACACCCGCCAGCUAUUGUCAGGACGAGGAAGGGCAGAAUGGGGCUGUUUGUUGGCAUCGCUGUUGGUCGUGAAUGUGGGUCAAAGUUAAGGGCAACAUCUGCUUCCACCAGUCCGUCCACCGCGGCCCAGCACCCUAAUCAAAUCAGACGUUACAGUGCGGCGUGUUCAUGUCACUCUGAUGUGAAAUCAGAAAUAAUCGGCUGCAGGUUCUCCUGCAGCGAGGAGCUGCGGUCAUUUAAGUCCAAUCAAGCUUUUACACAAUUUGUCAAAUAUGCGUUGAUGAAAAAACAGCAACUGUCCUCCUCUGUAGCUUCUGUUUGAUCUGUCAUUGAGCUGCUGCUCCUCCAAUCGUUUUACAGAACAGAGCGCCUUCAAAGCCAAUUAACUCGCGUCUCAGCUGGAGCUCUAAUUCCGUUCAUCCAAUCAAAAGCCCUCGGCUUCAUCCCCGAGGUCUUAUACGUGAGUGAUGGCAGACGGACAUAUCUGUGGCCAUUUUUGAGACUUGGGAGAUUGAAAUGUGACUUUGAGUGCAAACUGGACUUCAUCAUUCUGUGGAUGAGAUUUCAGAUGGGCCUUCGACUGGUUAUGUCUUAGAGACGUUUUUGAGUUUGUGUGAAAAAUGUGACUUGGAUUUAAGGGUUGGGUGUUUUUUUGUGCUUUUCUUACCGUCAACAAAUCAUUUUAGCAGAACUACACUAUUUCAUACUCAAAAUCGCAUGGUUCUCAAACUGUGGUGCCCGUACCAGUGACGACAUUUUAUGCAACAAACAACUAAUAAAAUAAUCAUUGCAGCCUUAAAUGCAAACAUGAACGAUCUCAGUGACUGGAAAUGAUUUCUUUGUUAAAUGAAGCAAAGAAACCAGACAAUAUUCACAUUCAAGAAGCUGAAAAAAGGUCAGAGACUUGUUUAAAAAACUAAAAAAAAAUUCAUUGAUGAUCAAAAUGGGUGACGAUUCAUUUAGAAAUGGAUUAAUAAUCGAUGAUUAACAAAAAAUAUUGCCAACGUGCAUCAUAAUGAACCAAAAUCCAAGCUUAAUGAUGCAAUUGAAUACAGUUUCUCAUACAGUUAUUGAUAAUAGAUAGAUGUUUUUUGUUUUUAUGGGCUUUGUUUGACGGUAAGAGAAACAUAAAGACGCCUCCUGCUUCUCGUUAAAGUCACCACAGCUCUGUGAGUUGUGUUAUUUCACUUUGCUGCUGCUGUCGGUCAGUGUGAAGCCGACGAUGAUGAUGAUGAUGAUGUACAGAAAAUAUGUGAGUGUGCAACAAAAAAGAGCCAUUGAGAAUUAAAAAAUAAAUAAAUAAAUAAAAAUAAAAACAGUCUUGCUGUGCAGUAGCAUGCCUGCCAGCAGCGUAGUUUAGAUACCUUUUUUGUAUGUUUUUGUUUGUUUGUGUAUGUUUUUUUUUUUACACCGAGUCGUGUUUUGAUUUUUAUGACGUUGUAAAUGAAAACUAACUUAAAACCUGGUCUCAUUGGAGUGUUUCUCUGUUGGAAAACAUGGUGACGUUGUCAACAGUAUUUAAUCAUGGUGGUUCUGUCCAUAUGUAGAACAAAUAUCAACUCUCAUGUUCCUCAGGUUUGCUCCUGAGACACUGUAGCAGAGCAUGUGCAUUUAUUAUGAUGACGUCACAUCCUUUGUGGUAAACUCACUGUGCUCAGUUACACAUGGUCGCUUUGAUGUUUCAGUCCAGUCGUCUUUUGGAGCUAAAUGUGUAAAGAAAAUGUCUCUUUUUUUUGCAUCUGCUCCCUCAGAUUCACACAGUUCAUGUACAGAAAUGAUCGAGUUAGACUCGGAUCAGUAGCUGUUUUCAUGAGCGCGGCAGCUGGCGACACAAAGGUGGCCAUUGUGCGUGCGGCGUUUGUCGCAGGCUGCUCCGACUCCGGCUGCGUCCGCACUCGCUGUAGCAGUUUCAUCUGAGAGAGACUUUCAAAAAAAUCCAAUGACUUCACAUUCUAGUGAUGUCACCACACUUUUUUUUUUUCCUUGUCUUGUGUGACAUCACAAGGCAGGCGUUAACACUGAGAUUAAACAGUCUAGCUUCCGUGGUUACGGCACAUGACCUCGGGUGACUUUUGUAAAGCCACUUUAAUGUGCGUCGCUCUAAAAGUACAAUUUACUGUUGAUUGGGGGGAAAAAACUUGAAGAAAAAUAAAUGUGAUUGUUUCAUUUUUUUCUUUCUUUUUCAUGAUGAUGAUGUUUACUAUGUGGAUUAUUUAAUAAAGUAUUGAGCUGAAA